CCCAACAAUCUUACUAAAGGUUUGCGCACUAUUGCUGGGACAUCCAGACCGAAAUUGAGUUUCGACGAUUUUCUUGACAAUGACAUGAGGCUGUGCCUGUUCUUCCUCAAAAACUCUGCAACCACCACCAUCUACCGCCAUUCUUUGUUUUCCUCUCCUCCUUUCUGUUGCUUGCUGGUCCAGGAGUCGAGCUUUUGGUUGGCUUGAUUUUCCUUUUCAUUCCUAUAAUUUUCUUUAUUUUUCCCAACCAUGGCCCUUACCCAAACCGCAACUUUACCUGGCCCGGGUCCGUCUUGGGACGAGGAGGUAGUACCGGCGCUGCGAAAAAGACUGGAGAAGGAGAGCCGAACACUUGCUCGGCGCAUAUCAGCGAUUUCUAUAACCUCGUUGGAGGACGUGUCGAAAACGACGGCGGGCAGUGAAUUUGGGUACCGGGGACAAAACUCGGCUUUGAAUCCUUAUCAAAGCAAUGCGGCAACCUCACUUCCUCGACCUUUUCAACAGCAAGCACGUACGGCCUUGGACCGUGGUUCAUCGUCCUCACGCGUUACCCCCGCCAAAUCUUCCUCAACUCGUUCGAGGACAUAUUCGCAGCCCUAUUCGUCUGACUCACAGAAAGGACGGCUUAAUGGGAAGCCCAGUAGUUUGCGGUCGACGUCUCCCCGGCAUGUCGAAGCCAAACCAACUCGCAUACCCAAGCCCACUCGAAGUAGAGCUGGUAGCACCUCAAGUCAUAACUAUGCCGUCCCUGGAAACAGCAGCAGUCCCUAUGGCUCCCCGCAAUCGACCACUAUUGACCCUGACCUGUGGAUAGUGCAUGAACAACCGGCAGCUGCUUCGCGUUCGACUAUAUCCGAGACAAGUCGUCAGCAACCGGUUCUUCUCAACGAGCCACCUCCUUUCAAGCCAGAGUCACCAACCUCUCUCGACGCGUAUCAAUCUCAGGAAAGUUUCCGAGUGCUACUCGAUGACCCUCCACGACCCUCCAUGGAUUCCGAAGAGCAUCCGUUUGAACAUUGGUAUCGGGGAGAUGUGUCACGGAACGGCGGUGUUGGUGAGCUAAGGGUAGGCCGGCGCCAAGAGAUGCUGGAAAUCGCCAACUUUGGUCAUUCCCUUAGAACGAAAACGGAGGCUCCAAAUGCUUUAACAAAUGCCCUGGAGGAAGGUAGACGAAGACGAAGGAGAGCGGACAGCGUCGGCGCUACUGAACGGAGGGGGAGCUUUCACAUGGAAGAGGAUGGUGUUGCAGGCGUUACUCAGGUAAUGGAUGAGCAUCCAUUGACUGACUUGGAUGGAGAAGCUUCGGACGCUGGGAAUUCAUCAGACUAUUACACGCCAUAUUCCAAUCACAAUGGCGUAUCUGAUGCUUGGUCCACUUCCACUCCCGGACCUACUGCCACGCGUGGAUCGCGGAGCGCUACGCCUACUUCUCAUCGACCGUCUUCUCGCCAACAACCAUCUCGAAUACCUACGCCUACACAUCAGAUGUCUGAGCACUCUCGAUUGGCCACACCUACGCAGAUAGUAAGGGGAUCUAGCGAGCCGCCUUUUGCAUCGACUUCAUACACACCACCUAGCCGUACACAGACUAAAACUGCCUCUCCUACAUUGCAACAAAAACGUGGUGCCUCACCCGCUUCUCUUUCUGCUACAUCAAAGUCGAGGACGACAAUAUCCAAAGUUACACGUGCCAAGAAUGAGGCUUUAAAGAAAGAACGAGACGAGGAGGCAAAGAGGCGCAGCGUUGGUCAUUAUCCGACACCGAACGAUGAUAUGCGAGACGCCAUACCUACGUGGACGGAACCUGUACCUCGGGAAGGUAAUUGGGAUGACGUGGUUCUACCAGUAGUUGCUAGAAAGAAAGGCCUUGAUGGUCAUUAUGAGCAGGCAGACGGCAGUCCCAAGCCCAGACCAACAGAAAAGGUCAUCGCACCUGCCCCUGGAACAUUUGGAUAUGACCACUCCAAAUACCGUCCACCAUUGGACGGUAAUCCUGAUGACGUCCUUAUGGAUGAGUUCGGACGGCCCAAUAUCGACCGCCUAACUGUAGAGGAUGUGGUGUACGAUGGGGAACCGAUGCAACAACGUCCGCAACCACCUCCAAUAUCUACGAAUCAUGACCGGACACCUCUCCCGGUUCGGAUGCAGCCUCCGGCAUCGCCUGUACCAUUUUCACAUUACGCGCCAAAUACCACCGCAAAACUACAACCAGUUUCUGCCGGUGCGGCGAAGCUUGAGGUCCAGGAACCUCGUCUUGAAGAAGAGGAUGCAGGAGGAUGCUGCAAGUGCGUUGUUAUGUGAUCCUUUUCAUAUCUUAUCAUACAGCGUAUGGAUGUUCUCUCUUCAUUGUCUCUGUGUUUGUUUCGCUUGUCUCCUCGUUCUGUAUUGCUGUGAGCACUUACUCCUCAGGCGUUUAACUCGUCCUCCUUGCUAUCGAUUGCCACACAAUCAUGGCCACUGUCGUUCGAUGGCGCAUGUCAGCGCGUU